AUGAGCCUCCGCCUCCAAGCUUCCACUGUCGCCUCCUUCCUCUCGGGCUCUCCGCCCGCCAGGUUCUGGCCAUCACCAGUCCGCAAAGCCGACCCACCCUUGUUGUUGAGGUCCCAGCCAGGUGUAGGUCUCGCCGAGUUCAAGGUGCCUUUGCUUUUGUGCGGUUCCAGAGGCGCCGAGUUGCGGCUGUGCGGCAAGCUCCGACCGGCUUCUCAACGUCGAUCGGAGAUGAGGUACUCAGAGGAGGCCGUUGACGGGAGGACCAGAAUUUUAUUAUUCGCCUUCAGAGGAAUGUCCAUGGAUCAGAAUGUUAAUAUUGAGGAAGGAGAGGGUAGAAAUGCUCUUGAGAUGGCCAGAUCAGUUUCGGAUAAGCAUCUUGAUCUUUUGAGGCCAUCCGCCCGAUAUUAUUCUACAUUUAAAGCAACAGAUUCAACAGACCGGGAAAAAGGCAAGUAUACACUGAUUAGAGGCGAGGAUGACACUCAACUGGGGUUAUACGAUAAGCCUCUUGCUUGCUUUGGCUGUGGAAUCGGAUGGUUCUCUUUCCUAUUGGGUUUCUUGUGCCCCCUAAUGUGGUAUUAUGCUACAAUUUUGUACUUCGGGAAUUACUAUCGAAAGGAUCCUAGGGAACGAGCUGGACUUGCUGCUUCUGCUAUUGCUGCCAUGGGGUGCUCCGUCAUAUUGCUAAUCGUAGUCUUGGUUCUGAUUUUCUAG